AUGGGUCUGCCUCUAGGAGGAGACGAUUGGGUCGCGCCGGAGAUUCCUUGGGAGAUCCAGAUCGAGAUCUUGAUUAGAUUGCCUGCUAAAUCGCUGAUGAGAAUUUAUGCUGUAGAAUUUUUGGCUGUGAUUAUAGAUUUUAGUGAUAGAUUUAGUGCUCUGGAGAGCAACCACAGCUCCUACCAAUCAUCCCCUAUCAACCGUUAUUAUUGUACGGCGGCAUCCACACCUCGUCUAUACAUGAGUUUGAUGUAUACCAUCCCCCACGAGUCUGUGCUGCUAUCAUUAUCAUCGUCUAGUAAUAAAGAUAAGUCUUUACACCCAGAGUUGACCAUGCCAGGGAUGGGAGGACGCUACAUGGUGGUUCUUCGCGGCUUGAUACUACAGAGUGUUUGCAACAAGGCGCGUAUCCAUAAUCCCACCACCAGACAAAGCAUAACCUUACCCGCCGUCAAAUCAAGCAUCUUUGUUCAAGGGGAACCUGAAAAGCAUGUCCACUACUAUUUCGGACACGAUCCUGUUCUUGAUCAAUACAAAGUAGUAUGCAUUGUUACCUUUUUCUCGGGAAAGUACAACAAGAUUAUAACCUCGGAGUUUUGGGUCUUGGUACUCGAAGCCGGAGGUUCCUGGAAAAGAAUCGAGUUUGAUCAACCUCACUUGGCUAAUAAACAAGGACUGUGCAUCAACGGAGUUUUAUAUUAUAUAUCUCGCACUCUUACCAUUGUCACUUUUGAUGUUAGGUCUGAAGAGUUUAGUACGUUCCAAGUACCUCACUCGCUGGCUGAUCCAUUAACACUAAUACGUGCGGGUUUUAUAGAGUAUGGUGGGAAACCAGCUAUUUUUGAUCAUACCAAACUUGUACCAAUGGGUUUGGUGUACUUGUGGGUGUUGGAAGAUGGUGGAAAGUGGUCGAAUAAAUCCCUGGUUUUGCAGCCUCGCCAGAUGCGUUUAUUCCAUAAAAACAGCAUUCCAUUGAUUGUACAUGGUACUACUCAAAACGGGGAGGUUAUCAUGGCACCGUAUCAAUUGCUUUCCCCAUAUUACAUAUUCUAUUAUCAUGUGGAAAAGAAUGAUUUGAGAAAAGUUAGAAUCAGAGGUAUACCAGACCCAGACUACUGGUUUGGUAAGCCUCACUUGGGUAUGUAUUUCCGUAUCAUGGAUAAGAGUGAAAGCAUCAUGCACUUGGAAAUUUAG